AUGGGGGGCUCGGCGGCAGAGGACGGCCCGCGGGUGCUGCCGGCCCUCACCGGGUGCCUGCUGGGCUCCCUGGUGCUGAGCACGCUGGUGGGCAAUGCUCUGGUGUGCCUGGCUGUCCUGCGCUUCCAUCACCUGCGUGCCAAGGUCACCAACUGGUUCGUGCUGUCACUGGCCAUCUCGGACCUCUGCGUAGCCCUCCUGGUGAUGCCCUGGAAGGCAAUCACUGAGGUGACUGGAGGCUCCUGGCUCUUCGGCAAUCGCUUUUGUGAUACCUGGGUGGCUUUUGACAUAAUGUGCUCCACUGCCUCCAUCCUCCACCUCUGCAUCAUCAGCCUAGACCGCUACUGGGCCAUCGCCAGCCCCUUUCGCUAUGAGCGCAAGAUGACGCAGCGCCUUGCCUGUGCCAUGAUAGCCAUGGCCUGGACCCUCUCCAUCCUCAUCUCCUUCAUCCCAGUGCAGCUGCACUGGCAUAAAACCAAGGACAGGGGAUAUCCCAGUUACCGGCUGCCUGGGACACCCCGAUGUGAUGUAAGAUUGAAUCGCACUUACGCCAUUACCUCCUCCCUUAUUAGCUUCUACAUCCCCGUGGCCAUAAUGAUCAUCACCUAUACCAGGAUCUACCGAAUUGCCCAGGCCCAGAUCUGCCGUAUCUCCACCCUUGAGAGAGCAGGGGGGCAGUGGCCAGCUCACAGCAAGGAGCCCACCUCCUCUUUGCGGAAUUCCUUGCACAAGGAGACAAAGGUGCUGCAGACUCUCUCUAUCAUAAUGGGAGUCUUUGUUUGCUGCUGGCUGCCCUUUUUCCUGCUCAACUGUCUGCUGCCUUUCUGUCAGCCCAUGCUCGAGAAAGACCAUGAAGGACAGUCAUCCUGUGUUAGCCAAACCACUUUCAACAUCUUCAUGUGGUUUGGCUGGGCCAACUCUUCAUUGAAUCCAGUGAUCUAUGCUUUCAACACAGAUUUCAGGAGGGCUUUCAGCAACCUCUUGGGCUGCUGGUGCUUCUGCUGUGGCACACCCAAAUCCACUGUGGAGAGGGUCAACUUCAGAAAUGAGCUGGUUUCCUAUCAUCAUGACACCACCUGCCAGAAGGAAGGAGCUGCCUCGUUGUCAGUACCUCCUGCUGCUGUCACCGCCUGGGUGCAGCCCAUUCCCCAUGCUGUAAGCCUUCAGGGAGAGGACAGCAGUGAGAUGCCUGUGGAGAACAGACUUGCGACUUCUCUGACUCAGGCUGCCCCUGGGAUCAGCCCCAAGAAUUGCCAGGUGCCGGCUAUUUUGCAAUUGGAUUGCAAGACAGAGCUAUCCCUGGAAACUGUUACCCCCUGUGCAGGACUUGGUCAGUGUGAGGGACCCCACUGCCUUGUUUCAGAGGGAUAA